CCGGAGAGCAGGCGAGCACGAAUUGUAGCCUGUAUCGUUUUUGUCAAGGUACGGCAGUGAAGACGAACUACAGGCGCGAAGAAGUCCAGUAUCCCGCUUGUCUCCGCCAAACCCUCGUUGUAAAGAUAUCAACACAACCGCUCGAAGUAUACUCGUCUUGAACUGGUACUUGAUCUGUUGAACUACUGCUGUAGCAAACAUUUGGCUACGUGCUGGAAUUUUGCCUAAAACGUUUGUUUCUUGUGUGGUUAUUUCCCGUGAUCUCGUGCCUGCUCUACGACUCCCUCUUGCCACUUCCGUGCCAACCGGCCGGACACGCGCUUGGCAGAUGAAGGCACUGGAUAGAGAGAUCGGAACGGUAUUAUGUGUGAAGGCUACAACAACAGAGACAUGAAGGUAGCAGAUGACAAAUGCAUCGACCGCGCUAACCGGCCGAACAAUGAAAAGACGUAGAUAUUGCGUGAUUUCGCCCCAUCUUUGCCAACACACACAAAUAGAAAUGUCGACUUAUUCCCGCUUGCCCAAAUGUCGACUACACUCUUCCCGAACAGACUGGUAGCAGCGUCGUGUGGAUAGAGAGGGGGAGGGGUUCCCUACAUACAUACGUUGGCUUCAUGUGUUUUUAUUUUGUGAGUGAAUGUUGAUGUGGAGUGAACGAGAAUGACGAGGAGGGUGCACAACUACAGUACUGUAGUGUAGUAUAGUUGGCGCCCGUAGUUAAGAAAUAUUUUGUUAAGAAAUUGAGGCUCGCUUAUUCACCAAAAAUAAGAAAAUAGGGUUAAAAAACAUAGCUUAAUCUGGGUCACACAAGAAAUGUCUCAAAAAGAUAGGAAGGGAGCGGGGGGCGCAAAAGGGUAACAACCCCCAAUGUUCGCCUCACGGAGCUUGCAUCAUAAUGACGGGGUAGUUUUCGUUGUUGGGCACGUCAGCGUGCGGGUGAGACAUCAUGCGGUGUUGAUGCAUUUGUUUAGUUUCAGCCCUCACUCAUGAGGGGGGUACAGGACCUUGUAGCGAUAGCGAGACGUUGCCGCUGGAUACAUUUCGCUUCUAGGGAGUGGCCUUACGUGCAGCCGUCGGUAGUGAGAAUCGGGGUUGAGUACGGGGGUCGAGGAAAGCAGUGCAAAUCAUUUGUAUAUUUGGAACGUUGUGUAGUAUGCAAGCAGAUAAAUAAAAAGAAAUUGCCGAUUUAAGAAACUCAGCAGGAUUUGGCUGCACGAAAAAAUAAAAACUUGAAAUAAGAAACGGAACGACAUACGCUGAGUUUAUAGCCCACAAGAAGAAUUCGAGGCUGGACCUGAAGUACGCGUUUCUUAACUGCGGGCGCCACCUGUUGUAGAGACAAUGUUUUGAGCUGGAAAAUGGUAAUAAAGCAGAUAACCAACGUUUUGCGUGCGUAGUGGAGAUUCCAAAGAGAUACAUGCGUCUUCGGGUGUUGGAUUGUACGACAUGGAGGGUCGCGUGUAUAUUACGAUAGUUGCCCUGCAUACCAACACACGCUAGCUUUGAACGCAUUAACAGGGGGGGGUACUCUUUCCUCCUUUGCUUGGUUGCUGGGAACGAGCUCAUUCGCGCAGAAUAGGAUGCACGGAGAUGAUGUUACAGAUGACGCCCGUACUUAAGAACCUCUUGUUUCGGCCGAGGGUGGGGCUCUUAUUUUGCUGAUCAUCCCCUUAUGGGCUACAAAUGGCCGCUAUAUGGGUUUUAGUGUGGGGUUCUUAACCGAGCUCACAAAUAGUGCUCAAGUUCUUAGCUUCUGAUUUUUUACGAGUCUCGAUUUCUUGACUGCUAAGUUCUCAAGUGCGGGCGCUAUCUGUAGUUAGUUGCAUACGUACGUGUAGAGGAGAGAAUAACAUCGUUCAUUGUAAAAUGCAAGCUAUUGCAACUGUUUCAUUCGAAGAAGUUUGUAUUCACUGUUCUUAGAAUUGCGAAGUGGAGAUGUUUCGGCAGGAUGUUUCCUUGGGAGUUUCUGGUCGUUGUCCCUCAUUCGUCAUGUCGGGUGUGUAGAUAUUUCUCUACGUUGGCUCGCGACAUUUUCUAGCGAUUCGGGC